AUGAUACAGGUUUCGUUUGUGGGCACGAUAUCCAACGUUUUGUUGAAUGGUUUAGGACCUGUAGCACGACUGUUGUCAGCAGUAACGAGCUUACAAAAUAUCAUGUUCAUGGCCGUUGCGUUGUCUUUUCUCGGUUUGGAAGCGGCCAGUUUUAGUACCGAGAUUUGGCACUUUUAUUUGACCCGAGGUGUGUUAUUCGGAGCAGGUGCCUCAUUUGCGUUUUAUGUGGCACUAAGUAUUGUGCCCCAAUGGUUCGACAAACGACGAGGAAUAGCGCUUGGGAUUUCAUCUACAGGAACAUGUAUCGGUGCAUUUUCGUUGCCAUUCAUCAUGACAACAGUCAACAGCUGUCUUGGCGGUGCAUGGUCCUAUCGAGUGCAAGGGUUUAUAGUCCUUGUCGUGGGCCUGAUAUCUUCUCAUGCAACCUAUCUCGGACUUUCUCCAGCGCAGGGUUCAGCACUUAUAUCCAUAGUUUCCGGGAUGAGUUUCGUUGGCAACCUCGUGUCAGGUAUUACUGCCGAUCAUAUAGGUCACAUUAACACAAUGAUGCUUUACUGUACACUAUGUGCACUAAGUUGUGUUAUAUGGAUUGCUGCUGAUAGCUUCAAAACACUCGUCGCAUUCUGUGUACUAGCAGGAUUCUUUGGUGGGGCAUUUAUCGCAUUAACUCCUUCAGUUACGUAUGUUAUUACCGGUGCCAAAAGGUUCGAAUCUGGACUGUCGCUUUUCCUGCUUAUUACGGUGAUUUCCAUGUUUGGACCGAAUGUGUCGUCAGCCUUUGAACAGUCCCUUCAUGCUAGACCUUAUCUAAGCUACGAGAUAUUUACAGCAGCCGGAUACUUUGCUGGAGCUGCUGUAUUGGCACUCAUUAAGAUAGUUAAAACCAACAGUUUAUUUUCUAAAAUAUAA